AUGGCCCUGUACAUAGCUGAAUUGGUCACUCGUUUCCGGGUUUCAAGACAACCUGGUGGGUUGCGGAUCACAAUGACUGGGGUGACAGCGACCACCACAACUGCCUACCCGCAUGUGGCUCCGUCCACCGUGCCAACUAUACAUACUCAACCACCUAAUUCUGCGGAACCCCGUUUAGGAUUUGCCGGUGGGUAUCCUGGUGAGCACGGGGAUGAAGGCUACGUGAUGGCAUCCUAA